AUGACUGACCGUUCUGGAUCGGAGUCUCCAAUCGAGAAGAGACAAACAAAUGACGAGCACAUUGUUGAGGGACACGAGUUGUCCGUUCAUGACUAUAUUGCUGAAACUAGACCUUGGUACAAGGUGUCCCACUUGAGAAAGUUGGCCUGGGUCAUCUUCUUGAUCACCAUCACUUCCACCAACAACGGUUAUGAUGGUUCCAUGUUGAACGGUUUGCAAUCUUUGUCACAUUGGCAGUCUGCUAUGGGCCACCCACAGGGUCAGAAGCUUGGAGCUUUGAGUAACGGUACUUUAUUUGGUUCUCUUGCUGCUGUUCCAUUCGCUCCAUUCUUGGCUGACCGUUUUGGAAGAAGAUUUGUUCUUGUUUUCGGUCAGGCUCUUACUAUCGUCGGUGCUGUCUUACAAGGUGUUUCUAACAGUUACGGUUUCUUCUUGGGCUCCAGACUUAUUAUUGGUUUCGGUUCUGGUGUGGCUACCAUUGGUUCCCCAACUUUGAUUUCCGAGUUGUCUUACCCUACACACAGAGAAGUUUCGACAUUCGUUUAUAACAUCUGUUGGUACUUGGGUGCUAUCUUGGCAGCCUGGGUAACUUACGGAACCAGAACUAUCGAUGGAAAUGCUUCUUGGAAAGUUCCUUCCUACUUGCAAGGUGCUUUGCCAGUUUUACAGCUAGCUUUUUGCUGGAUGAUUCCUGAGUCUCCAAGAUUUCACAUUGCCAAGGGCCAUGUGGAUAAGGCAAGAAAGACUUUGAUGAAGCACCAUAUUGGAAACUCCCAGGAUCCUAGAGAUAUCGCUUUGGUUGAGUUUGAGUUGAAAGAAAUUGAGAGCGCCUUGGAGCAAGAAAGACUUCACGCAAACACCUCCUACUUCGACUUUGUUACAAAGAAGAACUUCAGAAAGAGAGGAUUCUUGGUUGUGAUGGUUGGUAUUAUGAUGCAGCUUUCUGGUAACGGUUUGGUCUCCUACUACUUGGUUAAAGUCUUGAAUUCUAUUGGUAUCACUGAGGAAAAGAAGCAAUUGCAAAUUAACGGAUGCUUAAUGAUCUACAACUUUGUCAUCUGUCUCACAUGUGCCUCUGUUGUUCGCUUCUUCAAGAGAAGAACCAUGUUCGUUUCGUGUAUCACCGGUAUGUUGCUUUCGUAUGUGAUUUGGACAAUUUUAUCUGCUCUCAACCAGCAAAGAGACUUCAAGGAUAAGUCUUUGGCCAAUGGUGUGCUUACCAUGAUCUUCUUCUAUUACUUGUUCUACGACAUUGGUUUGAACGGUUUGCCAUUUUUGUACAUUACCGAAGUUUUGCCUUACUCCCACAGAGCAAAGGGUAUUAAUCUCAUGCAAUUCGUCAUGAUGAUCGUUUUGGUUUACAACGGUUACGUCAACCCAAUUGCUAUGGAUGCCAUUGAAUGGAAGUACUACAUUGUGUACUGUUGUAUUCUUGCCGUGGAGCUUGUCAUUGUGUUCUUCACUUUCCCAGAGACGUCUGGUUACACCUUGGAGGAAGUGGCACAAGUUUUCGGUGACGAGGCACCUGAACUUUCCAACAGACACCUUGACACUGUUGAGACGCACAAGCGUUCCUUGGAACAUGUUGAGGAAGUUUAA